ACUUCUUGAAUUUGUUCGAAACGUAUUGUAUUCUCCUAGCAAUGUUGAAGGUUUUGUGUACAAUUUUCUUAAGUUUUCCUGUAGGAAUUCUCUCUCAAGCAUGGCACAACAAAGCCUGUUUAGAAGAUGAUGUAGGGUAUGCUGAGAGACUUGCUCAGGAAACAAUGUAUAAAAUCGAAAAAGAUGUCAAGUUUUGCAAUUUGAAAGUCGAUGACUUUAAUCAAACCAUAAACAAUCACAUGUACUCGUGGCACGUAUCAGGCUCAGUUCAAUAUACAGAUAAUUUCCUGAUUUCCAUACAGAGCGUACACUUGGAGAAAAUUUCUUCAUUGGUCACUAGGAGAUUGGUGAAUAAUGUGCCAGAAUACCAAGCUGGUGUUCUAUUUACCUUAGUUUUCAAACAGGUAAAAAUAGGAUUUAAUGCUUUGGUGAAACUGGACAAUCAACCAGAACAACGAUAUACGUUGGAUUAUUUGUAUAACUCGAUAUCUUUUCCUAUAUCGAUAGUCCGAAUUUUGAACACAAACGAGACAACAUACACCUCAUCAAGGGCGGGAAAUGUAGCGCAUGUUGUGAGGAUGAACUUUCUGCCUUACACGAAUGUCAGUCAAGUUAUAGGAAGGAACUUUAAAAGUGAUUCAAUAAGUAGCUCAUUUACUAAAUGGGCCAGACAAAUUUUUCUUCCAAUAAUGCAAGAACUUGAAGACAUUAUUACAUUUCCUACAAUAAGACUGGAUGGAUGCAAAUAAAAAAAACUAAACUACAUAAAUCUUAAGUAUAAAAAAUAUAUUACAUUGAAAAAUAAGGUGAUUCUUUAAUUUACGACUGAUCAAUUUCUUAAAAUACCUUGCUAAAUAAUUAUCACAAAUUUGAGCUGAGGUCUUGUGUCUAAAGAAUUAGCAUUAAUCUUUUGAAAUCUAGAAGUGUGCAGGAUACUGUGUAGGUGGCUCAUUUAGUAACCUAUGGAAAUGAAUUAACUUAUAGAUGCCUUCUUCUAAUUAAAUUUAGAUAACAUCGGAAUACAUGACGUGAACUACAUCUU